CAUAAUUAUUUAAAUUAUCUAAAAAAUAACUCUAUCUUAAAAGUCAUACACGUACUUAAAUUAUUUUUUCCCGCAUAUAAUAUAAUUCUUGCUAAUUAUUGCUAUUAAUUAUUUCAAUAUGAGUUUGGAAUCUAUAAGAUAUACAAGAGGAAAGCUAGAAAUUUUAGACCAACUCUUGCUUCCACUACAAACGCGCUAUGUAAAAGUACAAGGUGUAGAAGAUGGAUGGAGAGUUAUCAAUAAAAUGCAGGUGAGAGGUGCCCCUGCAAUAGCUAUUGUAGGUUGCUUAUCACUUGCUAUUGAGUUAGAGAAGGAUAACUGCACUGAUAAGAAGAUCAUGAGGCAAGAGAUUGAAGGUAAGCUCAAUUACCUAGUGUCUGCGCGGCCAACUGCUGUGAAUAUAAAAUUAGCAGCGGAAGAACUGAUAAAUUUAGCAAAUGUUUUGAGCGCCGCGGAAAAUGUUACGCCAAACGAUUUCAAAGAACGAUUCAUUAGCAGCAUUGAAAGCAUGUUGGCCAAAGACAUAGAAGAUAACAAAGCUAUAGGAAAUUAUGGUUGUGAAGCUAUUUUGAGCAAUUUGGAGGGUGAUGGUCAAGUUAGGAUAUUAACACAUUGUAACACUGGCUCCCUCGCCACUGCAGGGUAUGGUACUGCGCUCGGGGUUAUCAGAUCUUUACAUGCAUCAAAGAGACUAGAACAUGUUUAUUGCACGGAAACUCGACCAUACAAUCAAGGAGCAAGACUCACGGCCUACGAACUUGUACAUGAGAAGAUUCCUGCCACUUUAAUUGUAGAUAGCAUGGUCUCUGCCCUUAUGAACCUCAGAAAGAUCAGCGCUGUCGUUGUGGGUGCAGACAGGGUUGCAGCAAAUGGUGAUACAGCAAAUAAAAUUGGCACGUAUCAAAUAGCCAUAGUUGCAAAACACCAUGGAGUCCCUUUUUAUGUAGCAGCACCUCUCACAUCUAUCGACAUGUCCCUUACCUCGGGCGAAAAGAUUAAGAUUGAAGAGCGACCUGACAGGGAAAUGACGCAUAUAGGAGAACAUAGGAUCGCCGCGCCAGGAAUCAAUUGCUGGAACCCAUCCUUUGAUGUAACACCGGCCAGUUUGAUAACUGGUAUUAUUACAGAAAAAGGAGUAUUUUCCCCAGAAAAAUUGAAUGAAUGUAUUCCAACCUAAUAUAUGAAGAUCUAAACACAUAUUGUGCAUUAAAAUCUUAAACUAUGACCCAGUCGAGUAUUUAGAUAGAUAUUGCUUUAAGCAUAAUUACAAAAAAGUUGGUCCUAAUUUUCUAAUGUAUCAGUAGUAUCUAAUAUAACUAACAAUGCAUUCUCAUCAUAAACAAUAUCAAUUUUAAAACUUGAACUAUAGUACUGCACAAGAUCAUAUUGUCUUCCGUUAAUUGUUUAAAUGCCUUUAUUCAAAAUAUUGUAAUACUAAUUUUUUACAUAGUUAAGUUGUUAUGUAUCGAUUGCUUCCUGUAAUAUUACUUGCAUACUAAUUAUGUCACUAAAGACAAUUGGGAUUUCAUUUGAGAUAUUUUUGCAUUAUCAUUAUACUUCAUCA